UUCGCUCUCUGCCUUUCUAGGCUGUUGCGCUUCGCGGUGUGUGCAAAUGUUGUUCGCAUGUUCCCUUCAUCAGUGUCUCUCUAUUAUUGAAUUUGCGUCAAGCUUAAUUCGAGUGUCUGCUGGACAUUAGGAUGCAAUUUUGAUGGGAAGAACAUUUCAAAUGUGCUUUCUGGGAAUAUAGGACGAUUCGGUGCUGUUUCACGGUAGACACCGGUGACUUCAGACGCGCAUCAUCAUGGAUCUCUCAUUUAUGGCUGCGCAGAUCCCUGUCAUGACAGGGGCCUUCAUGGACUCGUCUCCCAAUGACGACUACAGCACCGACCACUCCCUCUUCAACUCUUCCGCCAGCGUCCAUGCCGCCUCCAUGGCGGCCCAUAGCCAGCAGGAGGAGCCCCAGUCCAUGUCCCGUGACGCCAUCUGGCUUUGGAUCGCCAUCACUGCCACCAUAGGGAAUAUUGUGGUUGUGGGCGUUGUUUACGCCUUCACUUUCUGAUGGUCCGAGCUCUAACAAACUAAGUUAGACACAGAGAUGUUUGUUUGGGACUGAGGAGGGAUCAAACUGAUGUAACUGAAAAAGUGAUUCCCAACAUGGAAUCCAAUUUAAUCAUUUGCAGAUUACAAAUGUAGGUUACCGUCAAUUAAGUAUUGGUAAAUGGUGGUCAUGUUAUUAAACCACAUGAAAAGAGCUGCAUAGAUAAUGUAAUAUUAUGUACAUCUAUUCUGUUGUAUUAUAUACAUGUUUCUGAUAAAGCUUUGAAUAGUGAAGGCAAUGAAUAGUCAAUGGUGAUUAAUAUACUUCUCUCAAAAACCUCCAAACC